CCUCGCCAGUCUCACAAAGGACAUCGGCAUUCGCAACUCCACUCGCGUAUCAUGCCGAUUCCAUUAGCACGCAGCCUCGUGCUGCUGCUGUUCACAUUCUUCAAUUUCGCCCUGGCUGCGAACGAACCCCCAGUCCACUACCAGAAAUCCGCUACCCUCUCUUACCAACUCGUAACUCCUACUGAUUCUCCUGUCAAACCACUCGUCACCAUAUCGUAUGACCCCACUGAACGGAAACACUCAUUAUUUUCCUGGUCCCCGCCUGUUCCAGCGUCUCCCCAGUCCGCCACUGCAGGGGCCACCUCAUCCAAACUCGUCCGCAUUCUCCUUCCUGAUGGAUCAUCCUCCGUCACCACUCUCGACACAUUUAGUGAGGGCCUCCACCAAAAGAUUGAUCUGUGGUUAUCUCCAGACGAUGGAUCAGUGUUCUCCGCCUCAGUCUCCCCUUUGACACCCCCUCCACUCACCCCAGAAGAAGAAAGAUACCAGAAAAAGGUCGCUCGGGCAAAGGCAAAGGGGAAGCCCAUUCCAGCAAGACCCCCUGUUCCAAAUUCAAAGAAGGCAAGAGAAGAGGCUGCUCGACAACUCGCUCUGUUUGAACCGAUCAAAGUCAACCUCAUGACUGCUCAAGCCCGCCUCGCUCCUACUUUGGCUACUCGAGCUCCUCCUGUGGUUGGCGCUGACGGACGGGAGAUCGUCGAGGACCCGCAACAGGAGAAGUCCCUCCUUCAAAAAUAUUGGUGGGUCGGUUUGAUUCUCGUCCUGCUGACAAUGGGAGGCGGGGGCGGAGAAAAAUAGAUGCGCGGUACAAGAACCACGGUCAUCAACACAGUCGGAGAACUAUCGUCAAUAUACCACGAUCGACGUAGUCAUUAUAAAUCCCAUGCUAGGAUAACGGGAAUCCGCCCAAGGAGACAACAGAAUCAGCGUCUUUGCUGCUGAAGCACCUGACUAAGGAUCGUUAGGCUGUUGUCGCCGGGGUCAGGCUGUCCUUCAAUUCACUCGAGCCUCCGGCGUGUCUUGCGGAAUCAGUCCUGGAGCAGUCAUGUUACUGGCCAGAGAGAAGUGAAAGAUUGAGAGAAAAUCGCGUGGGGGCAUCAGUUUUACACUACAUUCUCUUGAAUCCUAGCGCCUAAUCAUUCUCAAUACAAGGACACCAGACUGAAGAAGGAAGCUGAAAGCUACCGACUUUGGAGAAAAUGACAAUUCACCUCUGGAACAUCUUUCUUCCUCUCCAAAUAUCGCCUCCUAAGUUGCCAAAGUACAGAACUCCCUAAGUAAGGAUGGAGAACGCACGAUAUUCAUCGGAUGUGACAAUGUGGGGAAUCCACUUUCCACCGUUAGAUUUGACUCAACGAAAUCCAUGAAUGUAUCUUGCUUACCUCAUGUUUUGAAAUUGUGGCCCAAUGGCUUUGUGCCGCCCAUGGCUCUGGUAUGAAGCACUCUGAGACUCUUGGAUCCUUCGUGUUGUUUCUUGCGCAACCUUGCUCGCCUUGGUGUCAGACAACAGGGCGGAAAACUUCAACACAAGCUUUGGCAUAAGCAAUACGUCCUGAACGCAAUAUUGCACGAGGGUCGCAGGAAGUGGCCGAGCAUUGAACAUUUCAUAGCUUCCUCCUUUAUCUGGUGCAAAAAGCUUUUUGCCAGCCUCCUUGAUGCUCUGCCAUUGUCUCAGCUCGGUCCGAGCCAGUCCUGCGUUCUCUUCAACGCACUUUGACAGGGAUCGGAGAUAUCUGCCUUGCCCAGGGCGAGUUACAAGCUCCAACAACUGGAUGUCCACGACACAUUGCAGGGAGAUGACGAAGUGGCUGAACAAAGCAUCGCUGUCAUUUCGGACAUCGAAGAAGACUUUGGGAAUUGUCUCGGACUCCAAGACUUUUUUCAAUGUCAGCCCACUGUCGCUUGCUGUGUCAAAGGCUUCUGCUUUUAGUGUCACAACAUCGACAAGAUAGACCACUCCAGUUGCCGGAAUCAGUAUUUGCAUGAUAGAAAUUGAUCCGUGGCGGGAAAGGUUAAUGCCUUCGAGAUCGACAAAGAGGAAUGGUCGGUCCACGGGGCAGGUUUCGAUGGCCUUGAGUAGAUCGCGCACCAAGCUCGGGGUAUCGACGAAAAUGGAAGACAUUGCUCCUUGCUGUUCACCGUGAAUAGACUUCUGUGGAUGGACGAGAUGAGCAAUGACUUAUGAUGGAUUAUUCUGGUAGAGUAGUUGAGUGGCAUUUCGAAAUACAAAUCACGAAGAUCAUGG